CGUCCCUUUGUUUUGAUCAUCCUUUAUCGAUAUAGAUGCAUUGAAUAUUACCAUUGCUUGAUACCAUCAUACCCCAUUCACGCCAUUUCAUCAUCAAUCGAGCAUAUCAUACCAUAUUCACUAUCAUGCCUGUCACCAGAAAACGCAAGGCCAUCAGCCCCGACACCAGCAAACAGAACACCAACCAGAAUAUCAAGAGCUUUGGACGCGUUACGAAGAGCCAGCCUGUCGACAAGAGUGCGAAGAAGCGCAAGAUAUUAGAUCCAGUCACCAUUGAUACAUUAUCAUCAACAACAAACGAUACGACCAUUUCUCCCGAGAAGGACAUCACGAGGCAUGAGGAGGGAGUGAAGACAACGACGACACAGUCAAAGAAGAGAUCAAGAGACACGGAAGAGGAAGUUACAACACCACAGAACAAGAGAUUCAGAAAUGCUCUACCACCAACACCUGCAGAGACACCGUCAAAGAGCGCCUCUAAACUCUUCGAACGCUUGAUAAUCGACAAUGUUGCCUCUGCUCCGGCCACACAAGAUGAAACAGUCUACGACACACCUCCUCUCACACCUCGCGCUUUCAGAAGCCUCGGCUCAUCAUUACCCACCACCGACCUUCCACCUCAACUACAAGAGUUGACGCGGCUGUUCAGAGCCUUCCUCUCCAGCACAUCCCUCUACGCCUCUCACAAUGGCCUCGGCACGCCAAUGUACAUUACUAGCUUAUUACCACAUGUUACAAGAACAUGGAAGAAAAGAGCCGUCACGGAGCACGACUUUCAGAUCAUGCUCGGUGUCCUGGGAAAGAAUGACACUUUCGAGCUGGCCGACAAUGGAGAAGGCAGCCUCUGCAUUGAGCUUCUCGAGUCCAACAGGAGCACGACUGGCCACUUCAACCAACCCGAGAUGACCCAACUCUUCCAGGAUCGUUUGUCAGCACUCUGGAAUGAAUGGACUGCCUCAUCACCAACAGCAAGAUCAAACAUCGAAGGCUUCUUGGCACACAUUCCGAGAUGCGAAGUCAUCACGAGCCAAGUCGCAGCCAGCACAAACACUCACAUGUCAAAGGGCGCAGAACGCCUUCAAGACUUGAAAGCAGGAGCAGUAGCUGCCCGCGCAGCCGAAUCGGCCUCCCGCAAACCCCUUGUCCACAACUCUGCGAAAUCAGCCGCCGCAGUCGCAAGUCGUGGAAGCAGCCUCCUUGACCGCAUCCUUGCCAAGCAAGCGGCAAACCUCAACAAAGUAGACGGCCCUACUCCUGAUCAACUCGCCCGCCUCUCAGCUCUAGAUCGCAUCACCGAUAUCGUCGACGUCCUGGAUAACCUAGCCGCCGGUCGCGCCAGAGCCAGCUUCUCCACCAAAACACUCGUAUCGAACCUCCAAAACUCCUUGCGCAGUCCUCUUUCCGCAGAAGAAGGUCUGAAGUGUUUGGAGCUCAUGGCCGCAGAAGUCUCACCUACCUUUGUCAAGAUCAUUCGUGCUGGAAGUGUUGAUGCUGUUGUUGUCACCAGGGCGGGAAAGCCUUCGCCUGAGCAAUUGAGCACCAGACUCGAUUCCGCCAGGGCUGCUUGAGUGUGUGUUCGUGCGGGAAGAAAUGACGGACGUUAUUGUUAUCAUGCCACUGGAUGGCUAAGGAGGAAAGAUGAAAUAUGGGAAAUCGAUCUUGUAGAUUAGAUGCAUCCAUCGAUAUUAUUACCUC